UUAAAAACUGCCGUUCGUAAGGGCGCUUGAAGUUGGUGUGUUUAUAAAAACUCGUAGCAGAGGCUUCGCGGGCUCUGGUCGAGCGGUGCGGUGCGACUGGGCACACGCGCCAUCGCGAUUUUCCGCCUCGCGAAACACGACGAACACUCGCGCUUACGUACAAAAUUAUUUUAGAAAAUUUUAACUAACACAAAAAUAUUAAUGUACAAUAUUAUUUGCAUAAUAACUUUAUAUAUUUAAGUGACUAUAAACUCAGUGUGCAUUAGUGAAUUAAACAGUGAUAACUAUUUAAUUAAGUAUUUUCGGAAGGACAUUUUUCUUCACUGCAAACAUUUUAAGAUAUCGCGCAAAGAAAAUUAUGUGGUUGGGCGCAACCCCGAAGAAGUAUUUCGUAACAAUAAAGCUACGUGAAGUAGUUUCAUAUAAGUGUAGCUUCCGGUAGUCCACCGACCUUACACCUCAUCAUGGAAGAAAACAGGUUCACAGUUUCCUCCGUGGAGGCUGAAUCGAAGAAGAAUGGCAUACACAUGGGUGCCAACAUCAUCACACGACCACUGCGCUCCUCGGCCGAGACAGUUGAGCGAGGAGUGGCCGUGGUGGCUCCUAACUCCCAACCUGACACCUGGUUACAUGACGCUGGCUGGAGAAGGAAGAGGUCAUUGGCCCAGCUGACGAGAGAAGCCUUACCUAGAUUGGAUAAUUACAGAAAUUCUAAGAGAGCCCUCAAAAGGCCGAGUUUGGGAGAGCUGCAUGGGGAUCAUCUUAUUACCGAAGAGGACGAGAAAGUACAACAACAAACAAGAGAUACAAAGUCUCCUACACCUGCAAUUGGCAUCAAGUUGGGAUGGAUUCAAGGCGUGCUGAUACCAUGUCUUCUAAACAUUUGGGGAGUGAUGCUAUUCCUGCGUAUAUCGUGGGUGGUCUCCCAGGCUGGCAUCGGACUGUCUCUGGUCAUCAUCGCGAUAUCUGCCUUCGUGUGUGUCAUCACCACGCUCUCUAUGAGCGCUAUAUGCACCAAUGGAGAAGUAAAAGGAGGUGGUAUCUACUACAUCAUCUCAAGAUCACUAGGACCAGAAUUCGGUGCAUCCGUGGGCAUUAUCUUUGCCUUCGCCAACGCAGUGGCUGCCAGUAUGAACACCAUCGGUUUCUGCGACUCCUUGAACGAUCUGCUCAGGAGUUAUGACAAGAAGAUCAUAGACGGUGGACUGAAUGACGUCAGGAUUGUGGGAGCCGUGGCGUUAGUCGUCAUGUGUUUUAUCUGUGCUGUUGGUAUGGACUGGGAGAGCAAAGCUCAGAAUUUCCUGAUCGCUAUAAUCGUGGGAGCCAUGGUAGACUUCGUCGUUGGAACCAUAAUGGGUCCCAGUAAUGCACAAGAAGUAGCCAAUGGUUUCAUUGGAUUGAGCACUGCCACGUUUUCUGCAAACUUCAAGCAAGACUUUCGAUUCAGUGAAGGGUUGAACCAGGACUUCUUUAGUGUGUUCGCCAUCUUCUUCCCUUCGGUCACCGGCAUCCAGGCUGGAGCUAACAUUUCGGGGGAUUUGAAGGACCCAGCGUCAGCAAUCCCGAAGGGUACAUUACUAGCCCUGCUGAUAUCCAUGGUGAGCUACGCGGCGAUGGUACUGUUCUCUGGUGGGAGUGCAUUGAGGGACGCCAGUGGAAACCUCACUGACCUGGUCUUCGAUAACGAUACCCUAGUUGACUACAGCGCUCUCUCGAACUGCGUGGCCAACAAUACCUGCAAAUAUGGACUGCAUAACAGCUAUUCAGUAAUGCAACUGAUGUCAGCUUGGGGUCCCUUCAUCUACGGCGGCUGUUGGGCAGCAACUCUCUCUACAGCUCUCACCAACCUCCUGUCUGUGCCUCGCCUCAUCCAAGCAUUGGGCACGGACCGUAUCUACCCUGGAUUGAUAUUCUUUUCCAAGCCUUAUGGGAGACACGGAGAACCUUACAGAGGCUAUGUGCUAACGUUCUUCGUUUCGCUGCUGUUUUUACUUAUUGCUGACCUAAACACCAUAGCACCAUUGAUAUCGAACUUCUACCUCGCAUCGUACGCCCUCAUAAAUUUCUGCACCUUCCACGCGGCACUAGUGCGUCCGCUGGGAUGGCGACCUACAUUCAGGUACUACAACGUGUGGUUAUCAUUGAUCGGGUUCCUGAGCUGCGUGGCGAUCAUGCUUCUCAUCAGCUGGGUGAUGUCUCUCGUCACAUUCGCCAUCUUCUUCACCUUGUACCUCAUCGUACAUUAUAGGGAUCCUGAUGUGAACUGGGGCAGCAGUACUCAAGCCCAGAUAUACAAGACUGCUCUAUCCAGUGCAUACAACUUGGCAAAAACUGGAGAGCACGUGAAGAACUACUGGCCUCAAAUACUGGUGUUAGCUGGUCGGCCACAUACCCGACCAGCUCUUGUAGAUCUGGGGAAUCUUAUCACUAAGGCUGGAUCGCUGAUGAUUGUAGGAGAUAUAUCGCAGGAGAAAGUAUCAUACAAGGAACGUUCCACCCGCUCCCGCGCUGACGCCGAAUGGCUACGUCUGCGUAAGGUCCGCGCGUUCUGUUCGCGCGUGCACGGGUUCGGCUUCGAGGCGGGCGCGCGUGCGCUGGUGCAGGCGGCGGGGGUCGGCCGCCUCGCGCCUAAUGUGCUGCUCAUGGGGUAUAAGGCUGAUUGGACUACGGCCCCUGCUGAUGAUCUGGUGGCUUAUUUUAAUGUAUUGCACACGGCCUUCGAGAGCCGCCUCGCCGUUGCCAUACUCCGCGUGCAAGGCGGGCUAGACUUCGGCGCGCUCAGCAACGAGCCCGCCGCCAGCAGCUCGCUCACCGGCACGUCGUCGGGCAGCGCCGACGAGCUGCGAGUGCGCCGCGCGCCGCUCAUGCUGCACGCCGACUCCGACCUCGACAUCCGAGCCGACGCGCCCAGGAACCAGCUCUCCAGUACGUUGCCCUUUGAUGACAGUAUUCUGACAUUGUCGACAUCGCGAUCGUUCACUAUUUCCGAGUGCAACAGUACGAGGGAACGGAAGAAGAAAGACAAGAAGAAUGAUAUGCAUCGACAGAUUGUUUAUAAUACUUCGACGGGAUUGGAGCUGUCUAAGGACCAACUGUCGCGGAUGACGAUAUUCCAGAGGAAACAGGAGGCAGGCACACUAGACGUGUGGUGGCUAUACGACGACGGUGGUCUGACGAUCCUGCUGCCGUACAUCAUCUCGCAGCGCUCCACGUGGGGCAACUGCAAGCUGAGGAUAUUCGCGCUCGCCAACAGGCUGCACGAGAUGGAACUUGAGGAGAGGAACAUGGCUAACUUGCUAGCGAAGUUCCGCAUCGACUACUCGUCGCUGACGAUGGUGCAGGACAUCACGGAGCCGCCGCAGCCGGAGACCACGGCUCUCUUCGAAGAAGUCACCAAGAAGUUCACUGACAAGUCUGCUAAUCCAGAUUGUUGCAUCAGCGAAACUGAGCUGCUGACAUUAUCAGAGAAGACGAAACGUCAACUGCGGCUGCGGGAACUAUUGCUCGCUAAUUCUAAGGAUGCAAAGCUUAUUGUCAUGUCGCUGCCGAUGCCUAGGAAGGAUUCGGUAUCAGCCCCACUGUACAUGUCCUGGCUGGAGAUGAUGAGUCGCGACAUGCCGCCCAUGAUGUUCGUGCGCGGCAACCACACCUCCGUGCUCACCUUCUACUCCUAGUUCUGUUUCUACUUCAAUUUUAACCGACUUUCCAAAAAGAGGUUCUCUAUUCGGAUGUUUGUUAUAGUAACUUCUAUUUUAUAUAAGUCCUUGAUCAAUUUCACUAAUCCAUCAGUAACGUAGUUAAAUAUAAAUAAAAUAUAGCUAUGCUCAUCGGCUACAUUUGGCUCUAUUGUAUAAUUUCUAAAUUCUGACCAUAAUUUCUAAAUUUUAUGGCAGCAUGAUUUACUGUUUUUUAUUGAUCGAGUGCUUAUAUAUGCGUCAAGAUUCUAAGCAGCUAACAAUUUCUAAGUAGUUACUUCAUACCUUUAUGUUAAUAACGCAAGUGUACGACUUUACAAUGCAAGUAUUGAUAUCGAACCAAUGUAGACUGUUCGAUAUUUACUACUUUAGAGUACAACACCCACAUUGUUUGUGAAUUAGACGAAGAUUAGUUUAGUAUGAAAGAUAUGUAUUGUGUUAGUAAAAUCAUCAUCAAUUUUAGGAACAAAGCUAUCAGUGACGUGUUGCUCUGUAAGCCGAAUUAAUUUAAAAAGAAACAUAAGUAGGUCAUUUUUUUAUAAGCCUUAGGAUUAAAAUAAUACUUAAAAAGAGAGCCUAGAUUAAGUUGCAUAAAUUUUAAGUACAAUAUUUAAAAAUCAUAACAGUUUACUUAUUGUUGGAUUAUAUAAAGCAAAAACUAAUACCCCUAACUUUCGAUAACAUUGUUCUUUGUUCUAUCUGAACAAUCUACUGUUUAUUUAACUCUACACACACUGCGUCACGGGAUCUUGUUAGACGGACGUAUUGCUUCCAAGUACCAUUUAAAGUAUAGAAUAAAUAUUUCAAUAUCAAAUUAGUAUAUUAUUUCUUUUAAUCCCAUACCUCCUAUAGGUUAUGGGCCCAGUGCGAAAAAGGACAUUUAGUAGUGAGAACAUUCAGUAGUGCGUAGUGACAGUAAAGUGCAUAGUUGUAAAUAAAAAUAAAGUUGUGACAAUGGAAAAAGUGAAAAGAAACAUUAAGCCUUUUAAUGGAGAAAAGUACAGUGUAUGGAAAUUUAGAAUUCGUACACUGCUUUCAGAGUUAAACUUGCUCAGUGUUAUUGACGAAGAAAUUCCUGGAACGCGAUCCGCUGAGUGGGAAAAGAAUAAUAAGGCAGCCAAAAGUAUUAUAGUCGAAUAUUUGGCGGACUCAUAUCUUAAUUAUAUUAAUGAAAAUGGGACUGCUCAAGCAGUUUUUAAACAUUUUGACGCGAUCUAUGAAAGGAAAAGUGUAGCAACUCAAUUAGCGCUGAGAAAACAAUUAUUGGGAUUAAAAUUAAAAGCCGAUAUACCCUUGAUCAAACACUUCUCAACAUUUGACGAUCUGCUGACAGAAUUAUCAGCUGCUGGAGCUAAAUUAGAGGAAACGGACAAAGUAGCUCAUUUAUUACUUACUCUCCGAAUACAUAUGAUGGCGUUAUCACUGCAAUUGAGACACUAUCUGAAGAAAAUAUCACUCUCGGUUUUGUAAAAACUAGACUAUUAGAUCACGAAGUAAAAUUAAAAAACGAGAGUCGUGAUACCAGUUUAAAGAUACUCCAUGUUGAAGAAAAAUAUAAUAAAAACAGAUACAAUCGCACAAAACAAAACUAUUUGAAGAAUACAACAUUCAAGAAAACAAACAAACAAAAAUUUGUGAAAUGUCAUUACUGUGGACGCAAAGGACACAAGAAACAGGAUUGUUUCUAUUUCAAAAGACAGACAAAUAUACAAAACAAUGCCCCAGAAAGGACAAGACAAGUCCAAACUAUUGCCCUGCAAGAGGGAACGACCUCGAAUUCUUCUUUUUCAGGAUUUGCGUUCAUGACAAGCGCAUACCAUUAUGAAAAAGACCACUCGACAAUUAAAUUCCUAUUAGAUUCAGGAGCGUCUGAUCACAUCACAAAUAGAGAUGAUCUCUUCACAUCGUUUGAAUGUUUAAAUCCUCCUUUAAAAAUUUCAGUAGCUAAAAACAAUACAUUUAUUUCAGCAACUAAAAGGGGAAACAUAAAUCUUAUCAGUCAAACAGGAGUGCAAGGAAUACUUACAAAUGUAUUGUUCUGUGCCGAAGUACCAUAUAAUUUAAUAUCGGUAUCAAAGAUGCAGCAAGCAGGAUUCACCAUAAUAUUUGAUGACAAAGGCACACAAAUUACAAAGGAAGGUAAAAUCAUCAUGAAAGGUAAGACAUUGAAUAAUCUUAUAGUUCUAGAGUUUAAAAUA